UACAAUACUGCUCACACUUGUUCAUAUAGUGGAAAGACGAUUACAGUAUAAAUUGACGAAAAAGAAUAUCGGCGCGUUCACUGUCACAUUGCCACCAUGAAGAACAGAGGUAUCGAAUUAGUGGUGGCCAUUUUUGGUUUGGCUCUCCUGGCACAAAAUGCCAACGGGGCGGAUUCGACUACUGUCGAGGUCACCAUACCAAAAGGUACCUUGCAAGGGUUGGAAACACAGACUGUAUUAAAUGGCGUGACUAUGUACAGCUUCAAGGGUGUAAGAUAUGCAGCUCCAGCAACUGGUACACGAAAAUUCUCUGUUGCCGAAGAGGUCGAGGCCUGGGAUGGUGUUUACGAUGCAACUCAACACGGAUCAAGAUGCACUCAGUUAUGUAUUCCAGCUUUUCGACCUGUGAUUGGAUCAGAUGACUGUCUAUUUGUCAACGUCUACACUCCAAGCCUUGAUGAUUGCGCUUCUUUACCAGUAAUGAUUUGGUUCCACGGUGGAGAUUUCAAUUUUGGGUCCGGCAACAGUGACAUCUAUGGACCUGAUUAUCUUGUCGAAAAUGGCGUUGUACUUGUCACAGUAAAUUAUCGACUAGGUCCAAUAGGAUUCCUCAGCACAAGAGAUGCUGCCGCUCCAGGCAACGUGGGUCUUAAGGAUCAAGUUGCUGCCAUGCAGUGGGUCCAGGAAAAUAUUGUACACUUUGGUGGAGAUCCAUCUCUCGUAACCAUCUUUGGCGAUGCUGCUGGUGGUGGAUCUGUACAGUAUCAUAUGCUGUCACCACUUUCUAGUGGUCUUUUCAAAUAUGCCAUUGCUCAAAGUGGUACCUGUUUGGCUACUUGGGCAAUUUCAUAUAAUUCCACCGCAUCUUCCUUCGCCCUGGGAAAAGCACUGGGUAUCAAUGCCACUGAUUCCACUGAACUUGUCAAUGGAUUAUUGAAUGUCAAUAGUAGCACCAUUGUUCAAACAGCCUUCAAUCUGGGUACUGCUAGGGAUGCCAUGUCUGGUGCCUCCUUUAUGUUCAGACCCACAGUAGAAGUUGACGUCGGUCAGGAUAUUUUCCUUCCGGCGGAUCCCUGGCUGCUUCUGAAAAACGGUGAAAUUAAUGAUGUUCCUUACAUGAUGGGCUUCAAUCUCAACGAAUCAGUUAUAUCUGCCAAUGGUAUCAGAAAUGCGGCAUUCUUCAACAAUAAUUUUGAUGCUUUUCUACCAAUCGACCUCAAUCUCACAAAUAAAGCAGAAAUUAGUAAAAUUAGUAAAAAAGUACAAAAUUUUUAUUUCCAUGGUAAUAUCAGUACUAAAGAUGUACUUCCUUAUAUUCAGCUGAAGAGUGAUAUCUACUUCACAUAUGGGACGGAAAUGUCUUUAAGGAUAAUGGCAUCCUACAUGGUGAAUCCGAUUUAUCAUUACCUAUUUUCAUACGACGGAGGACUGGGAUUUUUCAAAAAGUUUUUAAACGUAUCGUUGACCUCUGGUGUAGCACAUGGGGAUGAAACUGGCUAUCUCUUCUAUCCAGCUGCUCUUGGCGUCACUCCGGCUGCUGGAUCGACAGAUGAAAAAAUGGUUUACGCAAUGACAAGAAUGUGGACCGAUUUCGCAAAAUACGGUAACCCAACUCCUGAGCUUUCCACGAAUGUCACCACAGCUUGGGAAGAUAUGACAACGAAAGGAAAUUUCUUAAAGAUCAAUUCAACUUCAUCCAUGUCGUCGAAAGUUUUCAACUCAAGAGUCAAAUUAUGGGUUUCCAUAUACAAACAUAUUCUUGGAAAUUUUGCAUAUCUUUUUGACUAAUCAUUGUCUCGACAAAAAAACGUUGAGUGUAAUUUAAGGACACAAUGUAUACAUGCGUAAAUCUGUUGCAAAAAUAAAAUACAAAAUGUGCAUGUAAUGUAAAUUA